AUAGAAAUCAGUCUGAGUGUAUUGUCUCAGUUCAUAUUUACUCAAGUCAUUCAAACACAUUUGCUAGUAAACUAGUGUUAGCUUGGAAAUGCCAACAAUGCAAGCUGAUUUUGAUAGACUUGGAAUAUUCAAGGAGAUGUCUUAUGUUACUAUACGUGACCAGUAUGAUAAACAAGACAGUCACCAAACUCGGUCAGCAUUCAAAGGUAAACAAAUGUAUUGUGAUGGAUUUAAACUCAAGUCCGCAAAUACGGAUGGUUAUUUUGGACCUUUCACGCGAAUUUUCACUGGUGAUAACAAAAUCGAUCUGGAAAGACUUAUUCGAAUCCAAAGAAAGGAGAGCUCAAAGAAAAUAAGAGGAAAGGCUUGGGCUCCUCCGAACGGAACCCAUCAUCUUCUUGGCUUGGGCAGCUCUAUAGAUACUUUUAGUGGACCCAUACCCUACUUUAGACCAAUAACGAGGCAGAACAACCAAAUGAAAUCUCACAAGAAGAAUUUUUAUACUUCCCCAGCCAAGAAGGGCUGCGGCUCUUACAUUGAUAUCACAAUAGGAAAAUAUCCAAACUACAAGAGUGAUCCUUAUGAUAAAAUUAAAAAAGCAAGUGCUAAAGAAAGCUCACCAUCUGGAAAACAGUUUUAUCUCAACAUGCAUCCCCAGCAAUACUUUGAUAAAAAUCCUUACCACCAAGUGCGUAUUAAACGAAGGCCUUUCACUUCAACUAUCAAAAACUCAAUACACCCAAGAUCUGUAUUCAAACCGGCAAGUGCGUCAAAAUUAAUGGGUGGAUGUAAAGAUGGUUGUUUCAGCCCUUUCCCUCAUUAUACCUCAGAUCGACCCAAGAAAACUGUCCUGAUAAAAUAUACCAAACCGCCACUCAAAAUACCAUCCUGUCCGAAAACAUAUCCUAUCACUUCUAUUCUAGAAUUAAACGUCAAAAGACGCAUCAAUUCGUCUAACUAUAAAAAUUUUAAACCAUCUGCUAUCGACAGCUAGACUAUGUUUCAGAGUGCAGUUCUAUCGAUUUCAAUGGAUCAUAACUGAAAUUUAAAAGUAUUUGAAGAUGGUACAAUAUUUGAAAUACCAUUGAUUGCAAUCAUUACAAAUGACUUGUUUCCUCCAUAUAUACAUAUUCAACUAUUUAAAGACCAAUGGAUGGAAAACUUGUAUAAACACAUUCAAAGUAGUUACGAAUCUGUUGCAUAAAUUACUGGUGUCUUUUUUUUAAA